GCGCGCGACGCGUUCGACGACGAGGACUACGACGAAUCGCUGCAAAUAUGCGACGACGCUCUGGGAACCGGCGACGAAGGUGAAAAAGUGGCGCUGCUGUGUCACCGCUCCAAGACAUUUCUAGCGGUCGGGCUCGCGCAAGAGGCGUUCGCGGACGCCGUAGACGCGGUGGCGCUCGAGGGCGACAACUCCGAGGCGCUGCUCAGGCUCGGGAUCGCGGCGUACGAGAUCGGGGCGUAUGCAAAGGCACGGGAAGCGCUCGAGCGCGGCGUCGGCGCCGAGCCGAGCGGGACGAGCCGACGCGCGACAACGAUGAAGUGGCUCGAAAAGGCGAAAACGGCGGAAAUGAAGGCGAGAGAUGGCGGCGAAGAUGCAUCGCCACACGCGAACGACGAGCGUUUCAAGCGGGCGUGGUAUCAGUCGCAGACGCACGCGACAGUGGAAAUUUUCGCGCGAGGCGUCACGGCGGACGCGUUGACGUUGGAUUUCAACGACGCUUGCGAUGUGUUGCGGGUGACGAUAGAUGCUUUGAGUGGGGGCGAUGCGCACGCGAAAAUGUAUGAUCCAUACAUUUUAGAGCUGAAACUUUUCGGGGCGGUCGAUCGCGAAAGUGGUGUGGUCAACGUGUCGCCGGCCAAGGUGGAGAUUCGCAUGAAGAAGAAGACACCCGGACACUGGAACGAUCUCGAGCGACGGCCGGGAGGCGGAUUAUCGACAUCGUCAGUGAACGCGUACAGUGAAGUAAAACCGCAAGCUGACAAGCGCACGGCGAAAGAUUGGGACGCUCUGGAGGCAGAGCUUGACGCCGAGCUCUCGGAAGAAAAGCCCGAAGGCGAAGCGGCGUUGAACGAGCUUUUUCAAAAGAUUUACAUGAACGCAGAUGAUGACACUCGGCGCGCGAUGAAUAAAUCAUUUCAGGAGAGCGCCGGGACGGUCCUGAGCACGGAUUGGAAAGACGUGGGCUCAAAAACUGUCACUCCUGAGGCGCCGUGA